UUGGGGCUGGCGCGCCACGUGGGGGAGGAGGAGGAGGAGAGGGAGGACGUAGUCUUAAUGGGGGGUGGGGCUGAGGUGCCAUGUGGUGAGAAAGGGAGAAGCGAAGAGGAGGAGGAGGAGGAGCAAAGAAGAGGAGGAGGAGGAGGGAUCUUGAUGGUAGGUGGAGGAGGAGAAGGGUUGGCUACGUGGCGACUAAGGGAGAACAGAGAACGGAGAAUAGGAGUAGGAGGAGGAGGAGAAGAGGGAGGACAAAGUCUUGAUGGGGGGGUGGGGCUGAGGUGCCGUGUGGCAAGAAAGGGAGAAGCGAGGAGGAGGAGGAGAAGGAGGAGGAGGAGCAAAGAAGAGGAGGAGGAGGAAGAGGAGGACGACGAGGACGGGAUCUUGAUGUUCACUGCGUCCUCUACCCGAGCGAUGGAACACUUCCUGCGGAAGGGGAAGACCUGUCCAUACAGGAAUGGGGAGAUUCUAUAUCUGCUGGCACUAAGGGGAGGGAAGAUUGAGGGGGAGGCUACAAAGAAGAUGCUCCAUCAGUAUCGUGCACAGAAAGGGAUUGCGGAGGAUACAGGGAUGGAGCCGGCUGCUGCGUUGGUGACAGGCAAAUCCGAUGAGAUGGAAGAGCUUCUCACGCCGCCGCUUGCGCCCGGGAGAGAAGUGCGCGUUGAAGGGCAAGCAGCGGGAGGAACCUCUGUGGAGGACACACAAGACAAAACAGUCCCUCCAACAGCGGGGCCGUCCUUCCAAGCAUCCACAUUCGGGUCAAAGUCCACGAGAGCCACACAAACCUCGAUCCGGAAGUGGGCCGAGAACACAGCCGAGAAGAGGUUGGACACCCAAUGGGGGAGGGCACUGUUCAGGUCCGGGGUCCCUUUCAAUUUCGUCAGACAAGAUGAGACGCGCGCCCUCCAUAACCUGUACAUGGAAUUGGGGGCCACCAAGGCGAAGGUGGACAUGCCGAUGUACGAGAGAGUCCGCACUGCCAUAUUGGAUCUUGUGUAUGACCAGGUGAAGCAGGAAGUGCGACCCGUGAUGGACGGGACAUUUCAGGCUGCACACUCAUCACGGACGGCACUACUGAUCGAAGGUGGACACCCAAUGGGGGAGGGCCCUGUUCAGGGUAUCGCAAAGCUCCCAUGGGUUGCUAAGAUUGUGAAGAGGGCGAAGAUGAUGGUGAAGUUCAUCAAGAACCACCAUCGCACAGUGGCUUUGUUCUCAGCCUGUUCAUUGGAGGAAACGAAGACCCUCAUCAUGCCCACAGAAGUGAGGUUCGCCUCAACAUAUCAAAUGCUUGAGAGGUUGUGUGACAGGGAUUGGGUGUUGAAGGAGAUGAUGGAGAGGGGUUGGAACAUCCAUUGGAGCACAAGGAAGCUCCGUCGAAAGGCGGAACUGAUAUUCCUCACGGUCCGUUCCGACGAAUGGUGGAUCGAGGUGCAGCGAAUAGUCAGCGUCAUGCGGCCUAUGAACGAGUUGCUGCGGAGGAUGGACCGCGACAGCGUUGCACCCUCACAAUUGUGGGGGUUUGGGGAGCUUUUGGAGAAGCGGUUGCGCACGAUCUUCGGCCUUACGGAGGAGCAGCGGCAGGACGUUAUGGCGAUUGUUCAUGAUCGAUGCAAGAUGAUGAGACAGCCUGCACAUGCUGCUAACUUCUUGCUGGCGCCGAACAGGAGGGACCCUCGUUGGGUGUUGGACAAGGACGGUCUUCUGGUGCAGAAUGCCAUCAAGUACUUCAUGACGCAACUCGGAGGGGAGAGGUGGGGGUCGGAGCAGUCCCACGUUAAUGUAUGGCAAAGCUUGUGGGCGUUUCAUUGCGAGCCUCCGACGAAGGAGGAGCGUGCAAAGGAGCCCAUGUGGGAUGACUUUGCGUUGCAGACAACUGUCUUGAUCGUAAGACAGCAUCUCAAUGGUGGGCUUCAUAUGGUGGGAAACAUAAGGAUCUGCAGAAGAUUGCUACUCGUCUCACUGCGCUGUGGAGCACGACGACACCAUCCGAGCGAGAAUUGGUCCUCCCUCGACCUCAUCCAUACGAAGAGGAGGAACAAUCUCUCAUCUGAGAGCCUAGCGAAGCUUGUAUACAUACACUGGAACAUGCAGCUCCAGUCUAUCCCAAAGAGCAUGAAGGGCGGCUUCGUUGAUGUCUGUGCAUGUUUCUUUGAUGACCCGGAGGCUUCGCCCGCCAAUGAUCCUGCUGUUCUUCCACGACCCUUGGAGGUGGAUGAGGAGGAGGUGUUGCGACAGGCAAGCUUGAGGAAGACCCCCAAGGGAAGGGUUGCCAUUGGUACGUCUUCGGACGAAUCGGACUCAUCGAGCGAAGAGGAGAUCAUGGGAAGAGGAAGGAACAGCUGCCACGAAACUAUGCGUUCUACAGUUGCGGGCUCGGUGAGGAGGACGAGCACGACAGGGCACGUGGUGUUCAUAACUGUCCUCCCUGUCCUCCAAGCACUGACAUCGUGGACUUGGGAAGUCGAGGGAGCCUCACAUGAUGACCGGGAAAGGGCUGCGGCAAAGGCCCUUGCGCGAAGAGACUGGGCAGAAGUGCAGAAACGCAUCGAGGAGGACAAUGCAAAGCGCUUGGCAGUGCCACGUCCGGGGUCCCUUUCGGGGCUUAGCAUGCCUCCACCAGCAGAUCAGGUCGUGGGCCCAAAGGAGAAGCAGCAGCAGAAGGAGCAGCAACAACAAGGGCGGCAGCAGCAGCAGCAGCACAAAGACCAGCAGCGGCACAAGGAGCAGCACGAAGAACACCAGCAACAGGAGCAAAAACAGCAAGAGGAGGAGCAGCAGCAGCAGGAGAAGCAGCAACUUGAAGAGCAGCAGCGGCAACAGCAGCAAGAGGACAAUCAGUGAAAAACGGAGCAGCAUCGCUUGGAGCCACAGCAGCAGGACGAC